AUGGCCUCGUGCCCCCCGGCGCCUUUUCCCGAACUGACACCCGACAUCCCGUUUGGAUACAGUAACGUCAACGGGGACUUGGAUUCUCAGCAGAGAACGUGGGAAGUGAGCAAGGGCAGUCUUUCAGCCUUGUUGGACCUUAGCAAGAAGCUCAACCUCGAUGGAGAGGUCACGCCCGUCAUGGCCUGGGGUAUGGUUCUCGGCCACCCCAGGUGCCAUGAGCUCCGCGCCGAGGACUUCAACAAGCUCACUGACGAGCUCAAGGACAAGGUCCGAUGCUACGGCUUCGGCGCCGUGAUGGAGGAGUUCGAGGUCAGGGAUGCCCUGGAGAACGUCUUCUGCUCCCGACCUGAAAUGAUGGUCUACUAA